GACAGACGGCGGCAGUCGCAAUGGCAUCAUACAGUUCUGAUAGCGUCCUUGGGCACAAUAGGGACAACGUAUAUCUGGGUGAUAGGGAUGUGUACAGUGAGGAAAUGUUGGACACCCUUCAGGACAGACGGCGGCAGUCGCAAUAGAUUGAUAAUGGCUAUGGCAUAGAUGAUGCAACAGGUGUCACACGAGAGUCGGUCAAUAAUCCAGAAUAAAGUAUGAUUCGACAACGCUCGCAAAAAUUCAUUCACGUCGAAAAUGACCUGACUCAUCGUCCCACCAUAUAUAGGUUCACCAUCCUGACGAGUCACCAUCUCCAACGAAAGUCCGUUAUUGCCUCCGGGCGUUCCUUGUCCUCUACAUCUCCUCUUCUCCCCGUCUGACUACAGUUCACCGCCGGGAAGCUCUCUCUAACGAUAUACAGUAUAUCGUCACACCGUGUAUCAGAGCGCAAAGGCGAAAAAAGACGACACAAAAAAAAGAAAAAAGUAAGCCUGCUCAUCACCUCUUACGUACAAGGCCGGCCACGUGGCGUAUACAUACACAAGUUGGUACCAAACCGUCAGCGCAUCGAAACAGAAAACGACAAGUAAUACAAGCUUACAUCUUUCAAAAAAAAAAAAAAAAAAAAAAAAAAACAAGCGAUCGCCGAGAGACGUCAUAGAACGAAAACGCGCGUGCACAUGUAAAAAAAAAAGGAAAGGUAAAACACUUCGUGAAGAAUGAGGAGAGAGGAGGCGCGGCCAAACCCGAAUUUGCUACGAGAGACUCAACACUACGUAUGUAGGUCAACAGAAAAUGAUCGGAAUGCUUUGCGGAACCGGUGCGUGGCAAGGAAUAGUGAUAAACAGAGGCCAUAGACUGUCCUUCGUGCAUGCUUCGACAGAAAAUUCCAUGCGCAACCGCAUGCACUGAGCUCAGAAGAAACGCGCUCAUUGCCCUAUACGCACGUUUCAGCCAGGAAGCGCACCUGGCACUCAUCAGGGGCUUUCUCCUCGGAUCUGCCUUACGGCACCCAUCAAGGAAGAAGACGAGCAAAGAACAGCGUCGCGCAAAACUACUAUAGUAUAUUCCAGUCGGCAGCAGCGUACGUAACACUCAACAAGCAAACAAACUUCAAAUGCACCAUGGGGGUGAAUUGAGAGAGACAAGGGGGGGCUGCGCGACAUGCACACACAACAAAUCGAUCUCGCACAU